CGAGUGCGUAUACGUACAUAGCAGGGCUCUUAGAUCAGCUGUGUUUGCGAAAGGAGACAAUGAGAGAAGACAGGGGGUAGCGCUUCAAAAAGUUCUGGAUUUGUUUUUUAAUCGCAGAGCUGCAGACAACUCUCUGGGGUGUGAUCAUUGUCUCAAAGCCUGUGUGUGUGUGUGUGUACACUGUGGGGUAGCAAAAGUAGGAUGAGCUGCCCCAGAGCCGUCACUGUCUGCAGGGACUGACACACAACACUGCAAACACGGCAGGCUGAGGGGGAGACCUGAGAGGACAGAAUGUACCUCGAUGCAGUCUUCCAGAGGCUCUCCCUCCGCGUGGCUGAGAAACCAGCAGCAGCAGCAUGUCCCGCAUCUCCUCCACCGCCAAGCGCUACGCUGGCCCCUCCUACACAAGCCACUACAGCUCCUACAGCUCCCUGAGCCCGGGCCUUAGCUCCUACGGCGAGCGGGACAGGGUGUCCUCCUACAAGUCCCCCACCUCCUCCUCCUCCAUCUCUUCCUCAGGUUACUCCUCCUCCAGCUACCAGAGCAGCUCUGCCCUCCGCAGCCGCAACUACAGCACCUCCACGGACCCCGACCCUGACCGGGGGCGCACCAUCCCGCGCGCAGACAUCCUGGGAAGCAGCAGUGGCAGCAGCAGCAGCAUCAGCAGCAGACGGAGCAAGAGCCUCAGCAGGACCCCCAUCAAGAGCUACAGCGGGUCGGGGCUGAGCGGGGGAUCGACCUACACUAGCCCCAGUUCCUACUCUUCGUCCUCAGCCAAGAUCAGCUACCUCUACACUCCACCGGUGGCCUCGAGCAUCUCGCUAAGCCGACGAAAAUCUGUAUCCCAGAGUGACUUGAGCAGGGACCUGGCUUCUCUGGGCCUCAGCGACACCUCCUCCUCUUCCUCCACCGCGUCCCCUUCCACCAGCGCCCUGCGAAGCUACCGCAGUCGAGCCAGCGAUGUGGCCAACUCGUACAGCUCCAGCUCCCGCCCUGGCUACUCGGGCCUGUUGAGGAGCUCUACUCAGGAGGCCCUCUCGCGGAGCUCCACCCAGGAGGCCUUUAGCAGCAGCAGCAGCAGCAGCAGCAGCAGAGCGUACGGCUCUUCGACAUGGGAGCCGAGCAGUAACAGGCUGUCCGACUCUCCCACCAGGGACUCCAUGAAUUCAAAGAGUGCUCAAGGCCUGGUGGGUUUGAAGAACCUUGGAAACACUUGUUUCAUGAACAGUAUCCUGCAGUGUCUCAGCAACACACAAAACCUGCGAGACUACUGCCUGCACAACUCGCACCGCAGAGACCUUAACAACAACAGCCGCACCAACACAGCCCUCAUGCAAGAAUUUGCCAAGCUGAUUCAGAACAUGUGGACGUCGUCGAGCAGCGAGGCAGUCAGCCCGUCUGAAUUCAGAACUCAGAUCCAGAGAUAUGCUCCCAGAUUCGUCAGAUACAGCCAACAGGACGCUCAGGAGUUCCUGCGAUUCCUCCUGGACGGUCUUCACAACGAGGUCAACAGGGUCACCGUCAGGCCGAGAGGAACCGCCGAUGACUUUGACCACCUGCCGUUCUCCACAUUCAGGGAUGAAGAGAAGGGGAGGAAGAUGUGGAGCAAAUAUCUGGAGAGAGAAGACAGCAAGAUAGUCGAUCUGUUUGUGGGGCAACUGAAGAGCUCUCUGACCUGCAGGCACUGUGGCUUCUGCUCCACCGUCUUUGACCCAUUCUGGGAUCUCUCUCUACCUAUCGCAAAGACGGGCUACUGUGAGGUGAGUCUGAUGGACUGCAUGCGGCUCUUCACCAAAGAAGACAUCCUGGACGGAGACGAGAAGCCGAUGUGUUCCAGGUGUGAAGUCAGGAGAGUCUGUGCAAAGAAGUUCACGAUACAGAAGUUCCCAAAGAUCUUAGUGCUUCACCUAAAACGCUUCUCUGAAGGACAACGAACAGGAAAACUCUCCACCUUUGUAAACUUCCCGGUGACAGAUCUGGACCUGCGGGAGUUCGCCUCCCAAAGCAGCACCAACGCAGUGUACAACCUGUAUGCAGUGUCCAACCACUCAGGCACCACCACAGGAGGUCACUACACAGCCUACUGUCGCAACCCCACCUCGGGAGAAUGGUACACGUUCAACGACUCCAGGGUAACACCAAUGUCCUCCUCCCACGUGUGCAGCAGCGACGGAUACGUCCUGUUCUACGAGCUGGACGAGAAGCUUCCUGGAGGACGGCGGCCUGCACUUUGACCGACGGACAAAAUGAAAUAAAUGACAAGUGUUGGUGAAGAUGGGGCCUGCUUUGGAUUAUAGAUUUGGACUUAUGUCACACACAAACACACACAAAGGCACACACACAUACACACACACACACACACACACACACCAGCCUGGAGCCUCUAGAAACCACAGGAACCUGAUCCACCAGCCCUGCUCUAUCUCUCUCUGUCUUUACUCUGCUCAGUUCGGGUGGAGGUACAUGUGUUUUCUGUGUGUGUGUUGUGUGUGUGAUUGAGCGAGGCCGACACAGGGCAAUAAUCCCACAUGACCGAAAAGGUGAAACCUCCAUCUCAGAAGUCCCCUCUCUAUGCACUGCAAACUGAACACUCAUCCCGACCGCGCCUUUUGCUUCGUUUCUUUGACUCUCGAUCUUCUCGUUUGCCUCGAACUGUUCAAACUGACAUGUUGCAAUUUAGAUUUUUUGUCUGCUUUUGAUUUCUGUUGUUUUUAUGUUUUGUUAAAGAUGGGGGGGGGGGGUGACAUUAUCAUGACACUGACUGCUUUAUGGUCUCAAGGAGCUAACAGCCCACCGGCCUGCUUGCGCUGCAACACUCCCACGCCUGUAUCAGCGUCCUUCACUCGUCAAUCUUUUUCUAUAAGUGGUCGGGAGGCCGGUGGCACUGUGAGCGUCACGUUUCAGAGGAGGACGCCUCGAACGCGUGUUUAAUUUAAUAUGUCUCCGACGUGUGGCUGCUACUGAUGUUUUCAAAAGUGCUGUGAAUGAUUGAAGGAACCAUCCAGUGCGGAUCUGGAGAGGCCUCACGACGUGAUAAUGGUAUCAAAGCUCAUCGUCAGCAUGAUGUCUUUUCUUUCUCUCUUGUUUCAUGCCAUUGAACAACACAGAAGAAUGUUUUAAAGACAAACAAUACACUAUAUCUGUAUAUUUUUAUAUCCUGAUGCAAUACACAGAAUGUACUACUCAACGGUGCUGAAAAUUGACCCAUAACUGUUUUCAGUCGGUUUUAUCUCCCACGUUUCAAGAGAGAGAAAAAAAGUUAUUAUUUAUGCUUACAGGUGAUAAUGUGGUGAGUCACACUUUUUAGCAGUGGCAGUCAAACACAUGAGUAUAUAAAUAUAUAUAUAUAAAAAAUAUAUAUAUAUGAAUAAAAGUUGAAACGGUGGUUUUA